UAAUAUGUUGCCAUUGCUUCCCAACUGGCGCUCAUCAGUGUCCAUGCUGUCCAGAGACGGGCAUGGAGCAUCAUCCAGCAUCACAUGCCGCUGUACCUGCUCUCCUCCAACAUGGACCAGUGUUUGGCUCUGACGUCAGCCGUUACCGCCCUGCCUGCAGUAUCGGUGCCUACAGAUGAUGAUGGAGACUGGAGAAGCGGCCUCGCUAUGAAUCCCAUCCGGAGGAGGAAUUAAGGCGCACGAAGAGUGAGACAAGUAGGCCUAUUGAAAAAAACAAACAACAACUUUCGGAUGGGGACACCGAAACGUGCACCUUUCACAUCUGGAACACGAAAAGAUGCUCCGCAGCGGGCAAACGCGAGGGAGCGGCGGGCUGUGCCGCUCCGGUCCGGGUGUUCCUCAGUUUGGCAGAGCUCCUGCGAGCGCGCCCACUGUGGAGGCGAUAUAGGGAAGACAUCCACUGGGUAAAUACCACCAACCCGUCAGCACCACCGUGGAUCUGACGACCCGGGGUGAAGAAUACCUUUAAUAGGGUGGAGCUGCUUUUUGAUUAAUAAAUUAUGAGGGAUCCCGCUUGUCACUCUCAGCCUAAUUGUGAAAGGUUGAUUUGAUGUUUAUGUCUGACGGACAUUGUGUCCACUGAUACUGAACCACAGCGCCUUGUUUUCGUGUCUAAACAAUGGCACAGGUGAUGUUAUGUCACCGGACCGACCGCUAGAAAUGAUGGCUGCUGGCUGGUGCGGGACUACCCCGAGCGUUCAUGUGAAGCGCCCUGAUAGCGGCUCUCCGUGGAGGCUGUUUAUGCAAUCCGACGCAGUGCAAGUGGGCUGAUUUGAUGCUACUCUGCUGUCUCCAUAUGAUAUGAUCCCCAGAACUGCCAGGCCUUUAUGUUUCUGUGAAAUAUGCUCAGGCCUUUUAUAAAACAACAUAAAGUGGAGGAGCUGUCGCUGCAUGGGGAUGAUGAGCCGAAGCUCUGAAAAAGGGGACCCUUUCUGGAAUUAAGGCAUAAAAAGCAGGGAAAGCCAUCAGACUGACCAUGUCGAAAGUUGUCAGUAACAAGGAGAAGAAAUCCUUCAGUAAAAAACUCUUCCGGAGGAGCUCGGUCCGCUCCGUGGGGAGCUUUAUGAACAGAGUUCUCCGGACUCUGUCGACUCUGUCUCAUUUCGGUACCGACGAGCAGGCCGCCGAGGAUGAGAAGGACGACACAACUUUGAUCCCGACCACCACCGGAGGGUCAGUCCCGUCCGACGACAGCGACUGCGGGGGUUUCCCCUUCGGGGACAAGGUGCCGGGUGUCGCCGGGCUCAAGAACCACGGCAACACCUGCUUCAUGAACGCUAUCCUGCAGUGCCUGAGCAACACGGAGCUCUUUGCUGAGUACCUGGCUCUGGAGCAGUUCAAAGGAGGAGAGACGACCAGCAGCAGCAGCGACAAGGCCAAGUCUAACGGGGUGCUGGUGCAGAAGAAGGGGAGCCAGCAGCAGGAGGCAGGAGAGGUGACCGAGCAGCUGUCCGGCCUGGUUCGGGCUCUGUGGACCUUCGAGUACACACCACAGCACAGCAGAGACUUCAAGAAUGUGGUGUCGAAGAGCGCCCUGCAGUUCAAGGGUAACUCCCAGCACGAUGCCCAGGAAUUCCUCCUCUGGUUGCUGGAUAGAGUUCAUGAAGACCUCAACCAUAUCAUCCACCCUGACAUCAGACCCCCCAGGAAGCCUCCAGUAGAAGAGGAAAAUGCCCCUGAAGGAUCUCCACUACCAGCACCUGGCUCUUUUGUACAGGAAUUGUUUCAGGCACAAUACAGGUCAUCCCUGACUUGCCCUCACUGCCAGAAACAGAGCAACACCUUUGAUCCUUUCCUCUGCAUCUCACUGCCAAUCCCGGUACCUCACACACGGCCCCUGUAUGUGACAGUGGUGUACCAAGGAAAGUGCUCCCACUGUAUGAGAGUCGGGGUGGCGGUGCCUCUUACUGGCACUGUGUCCAGGCUGAGACAAGCUGUGGCUCAAGAGACCAAAAUCCCUGCCCAACAGAUCGUCCUCACUGAAAUGUACUAUGACGGCUUUCAUCGCUCCUUCUGCGACGACGACGACGACCUUGAGAUCAUUCAGGAGAGUGACUCCAUCUUUGCCUUCGAGACACCUGAGCUAUUCAGACCGGAGCAGAUCCGCUCCAAACGAGGCGGGAGUCCACAUGCAAAUCUCAACCAGACCAACCUAAAAUAUGGCACAGAUAAUAAUAGGAUAUCCACACAAAUGCAAGAGCCUACAACCCCACCUCAGAGUCCCAAUAAGAAUAGUGGGCAGGCUGAGAAGAUUGUCCUGUUGGUGUGUAACAGGGCCUGUGCUGGACAGCAGGGACGCAGGUUUGGUAAUCCAUUUAUUCUGUAUUUGGAGCGUACAGUGACAUGGGAUGUACUUCAGAAAGAGAUCUUGGAGAAGAUGCGCCAUAUUUUGCGCCCUGGAGUCUUUGUGCAGGUAGGGCCCUUCACUCUGCGUGUGGUAGGAGUGGUUGGAAUCACAUAUCUCUUGCCUCAGGAGGAGCAGCCACUCUGCCAUCCCUCUGUGGAGAGGGCAUUCAAGUCUUGCGGUCCUGGAGGGCCACCUCAUGUCAAAAUUGUCGUUGAAUGGGACAAGGAGACGAAAGACUAUCUGUUCAAAAGAACUGAGGAUGAAUACAUCCCAGAUGCUGAAAGCGUGCGUCAAGUAAAGGAGCAGCACCUGCAGCCUCAGACCUGCUCACUUGCCCAGUGCUUUCAGCUCUACACCAAAGAGGAACAGCUCGCUCCUGAUGAUGCAUGGCGAUGUCCACACUGUAAGCAGCUUCAGCAGGGCAGCAUCAAGCUCAGUCUGUGGACCCUGCCAGACAUCCUCAUACUUCACCUGAAGCGCUUCAGACAGGAUGGGGAUCGACGAAUGAAGAUGCAGAACAUGGUGAAGUUCCCGCUCACAGGCAUGGACAUGGCACCCCAUAUGGUAAAGAGGAGCCAAAGCAGCUGGAGUCUUCCCUCCCACUGGUCACCAUGGAGACGGCCUUAUGGGAUGGGCCGUGAUCCGGAGGACUACCUUUAUGACCUGUACGCAGUGUGUAACCAUCAUGGGACCAUGCAGGGAGGACAUUACACAGCUCACUGUAAGAACUCCAUUGAUGGACAGUGGUAUUGCUUUGAUGAUAGCGAUGUUCAGCCCAUAUCUGAAGAUGAGGUCUGCAAACAAACUGGUUACAUCUUGUUUUAUCAAAGACGUGCCACAAUUCCAUCUUGGUCUGCCAACAGUUCUGUGGGAGGAUCCACCAGUUCCUCUUUGUGUGAGCACUGGAUUAGUAGGCUGAUGGGCAGCCGUCCACCUAGCCAAGCCUCAUCUGGUUCCUCCAGACGCACCUCGCUGGCCUCCCUCUCUGAGUCAGCUGAGUUUGCUGGUGAACGGAGCGAGGAUGACGGCUUAUCAAGCCGGCCGGCAGUAAGGGGCAUGCAAAGACAAACCUUCUCCUCAAGAUCGUCCAUUGCCAGCCCACUGGUGCUCAGUGAAAAUGGCACUAAACCAUCCUGGUCCCACUCCGCUAAGCUCCAACUCCGUUCCAACUCUCCCUCACGCUUCUCCCUGGAAUCCCAUUCCUCCUCCCCGACACUGGAAAGGAUUGGAGAGGUUGUUGAUAACAAGCUUUCAACCUCCUGCUUCACUGGGUCACCUAAGCCAGAGAAACUGUCAGGGGGCAAGUCGGCCCUUGCAGUUUUGGAUAGUAAUCCAGGCAGUAAGAGGCUGAUAGAGCAGGUUCACUCCAAGGCUGUGGCACCGGCAGAGCAGAGGAGCUCCAUCCAGGCUGGGGAUAACAACAAUGUAGUCACUGCUGCUGAACAGGUCAGUCCUCGACAUGGGGCAGCUGCAAAGGAGCCGAAACAAAGAAAUGGGGCUGCAGAUAGCGCUGGUGUUAAAAGGACCUCAGCAAAGACCGGGAUAGAGAGUGAAAGGAGUCCCAAGAAGCGUCCUACCACCUCCUCAACAUCAUCCAGCUCUCUGUCUCCUGCAUCCCCAGCCGUCGACAAGUUACCGUCUCGAACGCAGACCAAGAGUGCAGCAUCAGCAUCAAACCCCAAGGACAAAAGCGAUGGACCACCUAAAACUAGCAAGACUGGUUCUUCAAGAACAGCAACCCCCUCCAAGAAAGGGUCAUCCCAAACCCCGGAGGUAUUACAUCCUGAGUCUGUGCAACAGAGGAAGAGUGGUUCUCCAGGAUUACAAAGUUCACACCCUCAGAGGAGGACAUCACCCAGAGGGGGAGGCGAGAAAAGCUCAGCCUCAGGAAGGACUAGAGCAGCAGACAGGAGCACUAGCCGUGAAUCCUCACGGACCAAUGUGGUUGCAGAUAGGAAGGUUAACCCUGGAGGUCCUGCCUCCAGGUCGAGUGCUGCUAGUCGAGCGGAAGGCAGACUGGGCCGUGCUGUGGAGAACAGGGCAGCGGGCCGAAGCUCAAGCAGUAGCUCCUCCAUAACUAGUCUCCGAUCCUCGAGUGUGGGUGUUUCCUCUGCAAAUGCAGCCCCACCAUCAAGGGGACCUCAAAGGAACAGUAAGACAGAGGACAAAGGUUUAUCCUUCUUCAAAACUGCUCUGAGGCCCAAGGAGACCCGUAAAUCAGCUGAUGGUGGGAAAGCAGGGGUGGGAGAAGCUAAAGGAAGUCCAGAGGAUGGAGGUGGGGAUGCAGCUAGAGAAGGAAUCCCACACGGAGCGAGCAAGAAAGCCCAGAAUGUGGCCUCAGAGGCCCAGACUAACGGGACCACAGCCAAAGACAAGGAAUCCUCUAAGGCGUCCGCUGCAGCUAAGCAUUCACUGCUGCCCUCCACAAAGUCCAAGCUUUCUGGAGCAGAAACAUCCACCCAGUCCUCUGCCAAUGCAAAAGACCCUUCAAAGAAAGAGCCUGCUAAAAAGACAAUGCAGUCCAGGAAGAUCCCCAUCAGCUCUACACAAACUAGCCAGAGGGCCAAGUGACAUUAUUUUAAAGGCCUGAUAACAAUCUCUCUAGUGCAGCUCUAAGGUGUUUCAACCAUCAAACUAGGCCAAGUGUCUGACAAACAUCUUUAAAGCACCUGUAGCUUUUCAGUGGUUACUGAAUACCAGCUGCCAUACUGGACACUUACUGUCCACAUUGUUAAAUAGUUAUUUAGAAAUGGAUUUUAACAAAGCACUUUGUAUGGAUUGCAUUGAUCUUGAGGAAUAUUAUACUGUAUUGUAAAUAAGCAUGGACUGCACAUGUAUGUAAUGAAAUUAUUGCCUUGUUCUGUCUGUAGCAUAGUUGAGAGAAGUACAUUUCAGUAGGAGGUGAAUAUAAAAGUGACUUUGCACAAGAUGGAAAGCAGAUAUAAUAAUGGAAUGAAGCUUUUGAGAUACAACAAAAUGGACUACUCAGUCACCAGAGGAAGUUGACUGGCAAUUUUUAACAUGCUGAUGCAGUGAAACACUGAAUUAUUUCCAAAAAUCUUUAUGUACAGCUCUCCUUCAAUGUUGAGAGCCAUAUGUCAACAACAAACAUCGGUGCCUCAGAUAAUCGAAGUGAAGUAUUUAAUCUAAAUUGUAUAACUGCAGGUGUUGGUAAAUUUAUAAUUCAAUUUUAAUAUUUAUUAAGCACUGAAAAUGUAAUUUCAAGUAAAACACAAUUUACGCCUAUUUAACCUGAGCUGCUGUUUUACAUAUGCUCCUUGAUGUAGUAAUUUUGCAACAGCCUUUAAGAAGUGUUUUUGUGCAGCCAAAAUCAAGACUGUCAUCGAGAGGUCGAGGCAGGAGAAGUGCAGGAAUGAAGCAUGUGUCGUUGGUGUUAAAUGUCUGGAGACCUUGGUUUGUAACGGUUCUUAAAUGUUUGUGUUUUAUUUACCUGUAAUAACCUGUUACCCCUCAGACAACCUCCCACCCGUCACCACCUCCUGCCCUCCAGCUGCUGAUGCCAACACUUAAGUGCGGUGCCCAUGUUCCUCAUGGGGAUCAGCCUCUUCAGACUGCCAGACAUCUCCAAACAUUCCUCUCAGAUGAACACAGGGUUAAUGUAAAAAGCCACUACGCACACAGACAACAUAUUAAAGGACAGCUGGGAUGCCUUCGUUGAAACACCAUACAUGUACAUAGAGCAUUAUGGUAUGUUUGAGUCAGCCCAUCUUCUGUCUUCACGUGUGACAUCACAGCUUGUGCACAUCUUUAGCUUGCAUUACGGAGUAGUAUCAACACUGAACGCACUGACAUAGAUUGAAGUAUAUGACAGUUGUUGCAUGAAAAAUUGCUUAUGCAUGCACUUAACUAUGCAAGCAGACUCUUGCUAUUGCCCACAUUGAGUAUGUAGACGUGCUACUCUUGGAUGUGUAUAUAUUUCUAAUUGUAUAUUUUUCCAAAUGCCAGCAUCAGAGAGCAUGUUAAGGCAUCCUUUAUUAAAGCUUUGUUUGCACAUUUAUUCAAAGUAAUAUACAUUUUGUAUGAAUGAUAAGUAUUGCUCAUUCACCCUCUCAAAGUAAAUCAACUCACUUGCAAAUUAAUGUUUUCUGUAUUGUAUUCAUUUGUCUCACGUGUUUCCUCACAAUUUAUGACCUUUAACAACUUUGGCAACAAAACAUUGCUGCAGUUUACAAGUUGUGGUAUAACUUUAAUUUAUCAAUUUAUUGUUUGAGGUUUAUAGUGAACAUGUUUGAAAUGUUUAACCAGAUCUUCUGUGAGAGCUGAGGAAUUAAAAUGACACUGUUCCAAAGACAGAAGUGUUUUAUACAAGAAUUAAUGACAGGCUUGUUGUCUGGUUUUGAAUAUAUACAUUUUGACUCUUUUGACAAGAUGCUGAACUCAGCCUUUAUAAUCACGCUGUCUUCUGCUUUUGUCUGAAGAUCCAAAAAAAAGUAAUGAUGUGCAAUGUGAUAUUGUUUUAAAUUCUUACAGUUGUAUGAUCAAAUCUCAAACCUGUCUCGAAAAACCUACAACACAUCUUGACAAGACAGAUUUCACUGUGAAAGAUUGCGCUGGAAGGCAUCAUUAACUCAUUUUGUAACAAGAGUCCCACCAAAUACAAAUUUGAUAAUGAUAGUUGUAAUUAUAUACAUCAGAAUUUUAGAUUUACUGAAUGUCAGUGUCACAGCCAAGAAGAGUGUUCAUCAGUAACCCAAGCAGCCAGAUCACAAACUACUUCAUAUAGCUUUCUGGCACAUAGUGCAGAAUAAAAGAAAGUAUUAUCUUUAGUGCCUGGUGGCUACAGUGUGUUGAUACUGUGCUAUUACAUCCAACACAUGCAGUAUAUAUACUGAUAUAUGUAUGUCACAUCAACAUUAAGUGAAACUUUUCAGUGUUGAUGAAAUGAAAGGGAUGUAUAAAUAUAACAAAAUGCUGCGAGGAAUGAUUUAUUUUCACAAAUGCAUGAGAUUGAUGAAAAUCUUUUUAUUUUUCCAUUUAUAUGCUGUGAUAUAAUGUAAUUUUUGACAUGUACUGUGUUCAUCUUUUUUGGGGGGUAGCAGUGUGUGUUGGCAUUGAUUUAGCAAUGCAAGACAACAAAAUAAAAAAUUAUGUCAUUAAGUAA